GGUGCAGCAAGGAACAUCCAGAAUGGCCGAGGUGGACAGCGAUCCGAGGUUAAAUGAGACCAUCUCCGAGCGGAAAGACGCGUGCCGCAAAAACGGCAAGCUGUCGUUGGACGCGAGGCACGCUCUGCGAAAGCGGCAGCCCUUCAGGUUCGCCAGAAGCGACAGGGAUAUCUUCGUGAACAACAAGACCCCUUUUAAGGGACAAUUGUACAAAUGCGAGAAACUGUUCGACAAGGGCGCGUCUGAGCUGGUCAUCCAUGGUCUUGGUGCUGCUGUGUGCAAAGCGGCCAGCUUGGCAUUGCGGUUGAAGGAACUUCAUCACAACACCUUAGAUCUUGAUGUUAAAACCUCCUCCGUCGCUUUAGUAGAUAAGCUAGAGGCGUUAAACGAUGAUGUGGACGACGAGAUAAACAGGAGGCAAAAUUCUGCUAUACACAUACACGUCAUCAGGAGAGUGCCAGUGGCGGUGAUGAGAUCUUCUAAAUAGAAGCAAACUGACAUUGAGACUCUGCAAAACGAUAUGUUUGUGCUAAUGAUAACAAUAUGCUGAGAUACGGAACGUACGCAAUAGAAUGAAUGGAAUUAUUAGCUAAAUCAUUGCUCCAAAAUAGCUGAUACAAUAUAUUAUAUGAUUUUUUUACAAUGA